CAGGUAUUUAAUCACAGGACUAGACGGAAGGUCGAAAUAACAAGGAAGCCAUGUUGGAUUUUCAGUGAACUCCUCAUGUGACCCCUGAGAUCAGAAAUGGACCCGUUACGCAGAGCCCAGAUUAUCCUAUUGUGUGACCUCUGUAAAACUGCCCACCUACAGAGUCACUGUGAACGUUGUGAUAUAAAUCUAUGCCAGACCUGUGUUGGGAAACACCUCUCGGAUUCGUCGAUAAGACACAAAGUCGUGCCCUAUAAAUACAGAAAGUCUCUUAACUACUCAAAAUGUCCAGACCACGCUGAAGAACUCUGUAAACAUUAUUGUAAGAAAUGUGAAAUUCCUGUCUGUUCUACCUGCGUCUUCUCAAGUAAACAUGAAGGCCACGAUAUAUUAGAUAUUCUGGAAACACUCAGCGCUAAAACAGAAAGUUUACAAAAAGAUCUGGAAGAACUCGAGACAAAAAUUUACCCGCGAUAUCAAGAAAUGGCGUCCGAUGUCCAAACUGAGGAAGCCGAGUUAGAAGCGAAAUAUGGGAAACUGAUCACAGCCGCUGACCAACAAGGAGAAAUCUUGCACCGGGAGAUCACCGCCAUUGUCAACCAGCGGAAAUCUGACAUUCAGGAAAUGAAAAACAAACACUUAUCUACCCUAAAUAAAAAUACAGAUGAAAUAACACAGAAAAAUACUGAACUCAAACAGAUCAUUUCCGAAUUGAAAUCAAUUCUAAAAUCAAAUGACGUCUCCUUAACCUCUACUUACAAAUCUAGGAAUUCCGAAUUUAGAACAUUACCGCCUAAAGUCCGAGUUACAGUACCCAGUUUUUCUCCUCAGAAAAUAAACAAAGAUCACCUCAAUGAAAUGUUUGCUUCUCUGUCGCCAUUAUCGAUUAAGACAGAACAUGGUGAAAUAAUGAAGUUCACAGAAGCUGUAUCGCCUUCUCCAGUCAAACCACUGCUCGAUGAACCGCGCCUCACAGCCACCAUAAACACAGGGUAUAGAGCACUAUAUGGUGUUAGAUGUCUCAGUGAAGAACAAGUCUGGACACGCGGGGAUAACAACACCAUGAAGCUUCUCAACCUCUCGGGUAACCUCCUGACAUCAAUAAAAACCAAGUCGAUGAACUGGCCACGGGACAUAACAUUGGGACGGGACGGAGGUCUUGUUUUUACCGAACCUAUGAAUAGAACUGUGAACUUAGUGAAGAAUAAACAGAUACAGACCGUAAUCAGACUACAGGGGUGGAUUCCCUACUAUCUCUGCAGUACCUCGUCUGAUGAUCUCCUGGUUACCAUGAUGAGUGAUGAUUCCAAACAAUCCAAAAUUGUGCGUUACUCAGGUUCCACAGAGAAACAAACCAUUCAGUUUGAUGGUGAGGGUCGUCCUCUCUAUUCAUCUCUUCCUUUUAAUACCAUUAAAUACCUCAGUGAAAACAGGAACCUGGAUAUCUGUGUGUCUGACAAUGCUUCUAAUGCAGUAGUGGUGGUCAAUCAGUCAGGAAAACUCCGAUUUAGAUACACAGGUCAUCCCUCUAAUACCAAGCAAUUAUUUGAUCCAGUCGGCAUCACUACAGACAGCCAGAGUCACAUCCUGGCAGCAGACUGUAACAAUCACCGUAUCCAUAUCCUAGAUAAGGACGGACAGUUCCUACGUUACAUUCACUGUGAUUUAAAGCUUCCAUUAGGUUUAUGUGUGGACAUAAGAGACAACCUCUUUGUGGUUGAGCGAGUCACCGCUACAGUGAAGAAAAUCCAAUAUCUAUAAACACGGUGUUAAUUACACAUAUCUACGCAGUGUUAACUACACAUCUAAAUAAGGUGUUCAUUCCACAUCUAAACACAGUGCUAAUUACAUGUCAAAUGAAAACGUCAUUUACAUAUGUGUGUUGAUUACACCGACUUGUUCACUACAUCUGGUUGUUAAUUUCAACUUAGUGCACUUUACAUUACUGUGUUAAUUACAGCUCUGUGUUAAAUACAGACCUAUGUUUUGUGAUGUGUAAUUAACAUUUACGAGAAAAAAUAAAAACAAAUUUAAAGAAACGCGGCUACUCAAACAAAGAAGUAGAAAAACAACUUUUAUAAGUAGAUAAACUAAAUCGUUCAGAUCUGCUGAAAUAUAAUAAAAAGAAUCAAUGUGAUCAUGUUCCCUUAGUACUUACCUAUUCAAAAGGGCUUCCAAAUAUUCACAACAUCUUAAAGAACCGUCACCAAAUCCUGGAAAAUUCUGAUCGUCUAAAAGACGCGUUUAAAUCCAAAUAUAUUGUUGCCUUUAGAAGAGACAAAAAUCUUAAAGACAUUCUAGUUCAUAAAAGAACAUAAUCAUUUAUUUUUUAAGAAAGGAAAUCUGUGCGAGCCGUGUCGUGCUAAGAAAUGUAUUAUUUGUAAAUAUGUUGUCAAAACAAGCCAGUUUGGGGAUGAUAAUGGAAACAUUUAUCACAUCAAAAAAUAUAUUAAUUGUAAAUCUUGCAAUGUAGUGUAUGGAGUUUUUUUGUAAAAAAUGUAAAAAGAUUAUGUAUGUGGAAAAAACUGAUGGGACUUUAUAUCAGAAACAUGUCUUGAAUUUAUCACUCAUCAGAAGGGAAACUAAUGACGCUGUGGCUGUUCAUUUUUAUUCCGAUUUUCACACCAUAGAUGAUUAUAGCAUAAUAGGCAUUGAAAAACUGUACAAGAAUGACAUUUACCGGAAAAAUAGAGCAAAUCUAUGGAAGAAAAAGUAUAAUACAUAUGUACCAGUUGGUAUAAACAAAAGGGAACAUUACUGUCUAUAAACUAUCUUAAUGAAAAUGUUUGCGUGUAUGUAAAUGUGUACUAUCUAUUUAAGUUUAAAAAAAAAUAUAUGUUUAUUUAUAUGCAAGAAUUUACUUUAUACCAAUUAGAGUUCACUUACAUGUAUGGUUUAAAUAGGUUAUUAUAAUAACUCUCGCAAUUUUUCGGAUAUUUUUGGCGCAAUUUUGAUACAUGACGCUGCCUUUUAGGUGUAUAUACAUUGUGACGUCAUAAUACGUUGUUCAUCUUUAGUUGCUAUACAUUUUAAUAAUUCCAAUGUUAUUUAUUACAAUUGUUUUGAUUGGAAAACAUUAAAGCUGAACAAGAGGUUACACAUCAAUAAAUCCGAAAACGCGAUGUAUUCAUAUACGCAUGAAAACAAAUAACAUAGUGCGAGGAAACUAUUCAUUUUUUUUGCAAUUCUUAAUAAAGUGAAUUCAGUUUGUGAGUAAAAUGUUCGGAGUUUAAACAUCGAUAAAUUCUUCAAAAAUAAUGUUUAAUCCUAUAAUAAACACGACUGAUGAAGGCCGGUAACACGGUUGAAAUAUUUUGAAAAGUGUUUUAAUGUUUUUUUAUUCUUCUUACAAAAAAGAAGAGACUUUGGAUAUAUAUAUAUGUAAGACUCUGAAGUGCGAUGGUUGCUCCAAAGUGCGAUGGUCACGCCAAAGUGCGAUGGUCUGCGCCAAAGUGCGAUGGUUUCUUAACGUUACGGACGCCAAAGUGCGAUGGCCACGCCAAAGUCCGAUGGUGCGGAGUUCAGUAACGUUUGUGACGUCACGUCACUGUGACGUAAUUCUUUCAAAAUGAAACCAAAUGAAUGCAACACGGACGGCAGCAACGGCAAGGUUUACACUGCUGAGGAUAGUGAGAACGGCAAAGAACAUUUGUUGUCAAACUCUCUACUUCGCCCAAACAUUCUUUAAUUCAUGAUCAUUUAUUACUUGUGACGUACACAUAAUAAAAUCCUGGGGAUAUGCUAUAAUGCAAAACAUUCUAAACGAUUUCGCUUUGGAAAUUUUUGUGUUUAAUAACACGACAACUAGAUGGUAAUGAAAUAAGUUGAACUUCUUAUUUUUUAUGCAUGAAUUUUGCACUGAUAUUUUAGUGAAACAACACACGGUUGGUACAGUCUGUACCAAAACACUGUGUCGUUUACAAACCAAUGGAUUUCGGCGUGUCACACCAUCGCACUUUGGCGUGUCAGACCAUCAUACUUUGGUGCAUGAGUGUCGACCAUCGCACUUUGGUGUGUCACACCAUGGGGGUUUGACGCAGACCAUCGGGGUUUGGCGUGACCAUCGCACUUUGGAGUCCCAUCGCACUUUGGAGUAUUAUAUAUAUAUAUUAUCCAUAUACAAACUUCUGUUAACUAAUUUGAAUGUGUUACUAAUUAUAUAUUUAUAUACAAUCUUUUAUGGACUAAUUUGACUGUGUUACUAGUUAUUUAUCUAUACACAAUCUUUUUUUUUGGGGGGGGGGACUAAUUUGACUGUCUUACUAGUCAUCUAUUUCUAUACAAUCCUUUGUGAAAUAAUUUGACUGUGUUACUUGUUAUUUAUCUCUAUAUAAUCUGUUGUAGACUAAUUUGACUAUGUUACUAGUUAUUUAUAUAUAUUCAAUCUGUUGUGGACUAAUCUGAGUAUCUUACUAGUUAACUAUCUAUAUACAAUCUUUUGUGGACAAAUUUAACUUUGUUACUAGUUAUUUAUCUCUAUACAAUCUGUUGAAGUCCAAUUUGAAAGGUGAAGGUAACGAACAGUGAUCAAUCUCAUAACUCCUAUAAGCAAUGCAAAAUUGAUAGUUGUGCAAAUAUGAACCCCUGGACACACCAGGGGUGGGAUCAGGUGCCUAGAUUGAGUACAUAUAUGUAAGCAUUCCCUGUCGACCAGUCACACCCGCCGGUAGCCCUAUAUUCUGACUAUGUUAUUAGCUAUCUAUAUGCAUUUUUUAAAACUAAUUUGACUGUGUUCCUAGUUAUCUCUCUGUAUACAAUCUUUUGUGGACUAAUUUGACUGUGUUACUAGUUAUCUAUAUACAAUCUUUUGAGGACUAAUUUGACUGUUACUAGUUAUCUCUAUACAAUCUUUUGUAGACUAAUUUGACUGUGCUACUAGUUCUCUGUCUCUAUACAAUCUGUUGUGAACUAAUUUGACUGCUGUGUUACUAGUUAUCUAUACAUACACAAUGUUUUAUGGACUAAGUUGACUUUAUUACUAGUUAUAUAUGUAGGACUCCAAAGUGCGAUGGUCACGCCAAAGUGCGAUGGUCUGCGCCAAACCCGAUGGUGUGACACUCCAAAGUGCGAUGGUCCACACUCAUGCGCGAAAAUGUCAUGGUUUGACUCGGCGAAAUCAAUUGGUUUGUAAACGACAGUGUUUUGGUACAGACUGAACCAACUGUGUGUUGUUUCACCAAAAUAUCAGUGCAAAAUCAAUGCACAAAAAAUAAGAAUAAGAACUUCUUUCAUUACCAUCUAGUUGUUGUGUUAUAAAACACCAAAUUUCCCAACGCGAAAUCGUAUAGAAUGUUUUCUAUUAUAACACGCCCCCAGUAAUUUAAUAUGUGUACGUCAAAGUAAUAAAUGAUCAUGAAUUAAAGAAUGUUUGGGCGAAGUAGAGAGUUUGACAUCAAAUGUUCUUUGCCAUUCUCACUGUCCUCAACAGUGUAAACCUUGCCGUAACUGUCGUACGUUAAGAAUGAUGUAACAAUAACGUGACGUCACAAACGUUACUGAACUCAGCACCAUCGGUCUUUGGCGUGACCAUCGCACUUUGGCCUCCGUAACGUUAACAAACCAUCGCACUUUGGCCCAGACCAUCGCACUUUGGUGUGACCAUCGCACUUUGGAGCGACCAUCGCACUUUGGAGUCUUACAUAUAUCUCUAUACAAUCUUUUGUAGACCAAGAGCAAGGUACAUUAAGCUCCAGUUUUCGCCUCAAAAUUAGGGUAAACAUAAAAUGAGGUUUCACUUGGUUUAAUCAUUAUGAUUAUGCACUAGGGCAUUCACCCUGAUGAUACAUGUGGAAAUUAGUGACUUAAUAUCUUAUGUGAGGUGACAUCAUUUUCGUCAUUUGCGAUUGAAAAGAUUUACCGAAUUCGGCGAAAUUGGCUGUUUUUCUUGCCUUUAAAAUCAUUUUUAAGAUAGAACACGUGCAUCAACCAUAAAGAUGUUUUGUGUGCACUUAAAUCAUGUUGAAAGUCAGUAACAAGCAACAUUUCUACGUUGUUGAUAAAUGCGCAGACUAUCAAAUUUAACGUAAACCGUUCCCCACGUUCGGUUCGGGUUAGAAUAGGUCCUCAGUACCCCCUUGCUUGUCGUAAGAGGCGACUAAAUGGGGUAGUCCUUCGGAUGAGACCGCAAACACCGAGGUCUCGUGUCACAGCAGGUUUGGCACGAUAAAGAUCCCUCCCUGCUCAAUGGCCAUAAGCGCGGAGCAUAGGCUUAAAUUUUGUAGCCCUUCACCGGCAGUGGAGACGUCUCCAUAUAAUUAAAUAUUCUCGAGAGGGAUAUAAAACAAUAUUCAAUCACUCAUUCAUCUGUAAUA